CUGAUCCUUGGAGGGGAUACAACAGAAAAUGGUGACGAGGAUGGCGACACCCACCACAACGCGCGACGACACAUGCUUAUGGCGGGCUGGAAUGAUGCCCGCCAUAACAUGCUCAAACAAGUAAUGCAGCAUCACGAAGGAGGGCAUCCAAAAAGGAACGGCGGCCUGCGUGAUGUCAAAGUUCUGGGAAUUUGAGCCCUACGUGGAAGGCGGAGAUGAGGAUUUCAUAUCCUACAUCGAGAGGUUUGGGCAUUUUUGGAAAGUGACUCGGAUAGAAGACAACGCAUUGAAGACAUCGGCCCUUAUUACUGAAAUCGGAAAACGAGCAUACAAGACCCUCAAGGAUUUGUUGCUGCCGUCAAAGCCACAGCAGAAAACUUACGACCAACUAGUGCAAGUACUGAAGGACCACUACGCCCCAGAAGGUCAAGUCAUCGCUGAACGCUUUAAGUUCAAUCGUCGUUAUCAGCAUGAAGGUGAAAGUGUUUCUACCUUCGCCGUGGAGUUGAAACACCUGGCAGCGAAAUGUGACUUCGGUGCGUUUUUGGAUGAUUCACUGAGAGAUAGAUUCGUUGCAGGCUUGAAAAAUCCAGGAAUACAAGCCGGACUUCUGAAGAACCGGGACCUAAAGUUCACUUCAGCAUGCGACUUUGCUAAAAGUGUGGAACUCGCCGAGGAGGAGUCUAAAGUGUUCCAGCCCGCGGCUGCUGGGGCAUCGAGCAACGAAGCGGUCAACGCCGUCAAGAAAUCUUCGAAAAAGACUGCAACGCCGCACGUAUGCAAAGGUGGAUGCUGUUACUUUCUGCCUAUCGGUACAAAUGGGUCUAUCGCAAGGGAACCGAUGUAGCUAAUGCAGACGUUCUGCCAAGAUUACCGUUGCCGAAUAGGGAGGACAAGAGUGACUAUGUGCAAUCAUUUUCUGUUGUGAACGGCGUACCCUUAUCUGCAGACGCAAUAAGUUCCGAAACAAAAAAAAAAAAAAAAAAGAUAAGGUGCUGCAGAAGGUUCUGUUUUUCACGUUGAAUGGUUGGCUAGCACAUGUAUCUGAAGAAACUUUAGCACCUUAUUUCUUGCGUAGGAAUGAGCUGUCGAUCAAGAUUGUGUAACUUGGGGGAAUGGCGUACUUGUACCUGAACCCUUGCGUUCGGAAGUGUUGCAGCUACUUCACGAAAAUCACCCAGGAAUUACAAGGAUGAA